CCGAUAUUCAAAUAUCCAGAUGUACUUGGUCCUUUGUUCUCCAACGACGCUGUGGUUUCUUUGAUGACAUCUUCUGGCGCACUGAUACCCAUCAUAGACGUGUGCGAACACAGCGAAUGCAGUGCAAACAUUGUCGGAAAGGUGGUGCGAUCUUAUCAACUUGCACAAAAUUAAGCAGUUGCAUACUGCAAAAAAAUCUGCACUCCCAGCAAGAUCUACAUAGCCCGGCCCCAGCGACAGGCCGGCGACAGGCGAGACACCUGCGGAGAUGGAAUGGGACAUCUGAAAUUUCCACGGCCGAUGCAAACGGUUCCUAGUUUCCCGACGCCGCAUGUCUGACAGCGCGAAUGAUCGCUUGCUGUUGCUGCUGAUGUUGCAGUUACUGCUUCGACUGAUCAGAUGGGUGGGGUAUGCAUAAGUCGCGGCGUCCGGGGUGGCGAGGGCAGACCCAAC